AGCACACCCGGCGGGAGCCCCGGAGCGCGCGCGGCAGCGGCGGGGCAUGGGGCUGGAGGCGGCGAGCGAGCUGGAGUGCGCGGCGCUGUGCGCGCUGCUGCGGGACCCGCGGGAGGCCGAGCGGACGCUGCUGCUCGACUGCCGCCCCUUCCUGGCCUUCUGCCGGCGCCACGUGCGCUCGGCGCGGCCGGUGCCCUGGAACGCGCUGCUGCGGCGCCGCGCCCGGGGCCCGCCCGCCGCCGCCCUGGCCUGCCUGCUGCCCGACCGCGCGCUGCGGGCGCGCCUGGCUCGCGGAGAGCUGGCGCGGGCCGUGGUGCUGGACGAGGGCAGCGCCUCGGUGGCCGCGCUGGCUCCCGACGGCCCGGCCCGCGUGCUGCUCUCCGCGCUCGUGCACGAGACCCGCGCGGCGCGCACCGCCGUGUUCUUCCUGCGAGGAGGCUUUGAAGCCUUCCAGGCCUGCUCCCCCGAACUGUGCUCCGAGGCCCCCGCCCCGGCGAUGCCACCAGGAGGGAUGGAAGACAGCCCCGCGGACCCCAGAGCGCCCAUCUAUGAUCAGGGGGGGGCCGUGGAGAUCUUGCCCUACUUGUACCUGGGCAGCUGCAGCCACGCCUCGGAUCUGAAGGGGCUGCAGGCCUGCGGCAUCACUGCGGUGCUCAACGUCUCCAGCUGCCCCAACCCCUUCGAGGGCCUUUUCCACUACAAGCGCAUCCCGGUGGAGGACAACCAGGUGGUGGAGAUCAGCGCCUGGUUCCAGGAGGCCAUUGGCUUCAUCGACUCGGUGAAGAGCAGUGGAGGACGGGUACUGGUACAUUGCCAGGCGGGCAUCUCCCGCUCUGCCACCAUCUGCCUGGCUUACCUGAUCCAGAGCCACCGGGUGCGGCUGGACGAGGCCUUCGACUUUGUGAAGCAGCGCCGGGGGGUCAUCUCCCCCAACUUCAGUUUCAUGGGGCAGCUGCUGCAGUUUGAGACUCAGGUGCUGUGCCACUGAGGCAGGGUCCAUCACCGCCAGCGUCUUCGGGGAGCCUCCCGACCCCCUUCACCUCAUGGACAGCUGCUCGUUCUGGGACUUGGACAGUCCCCUCCCCCCAUUCCAGAAUACCUCCCUCCCCCCUCCCUCAGGGCACCAGGAAGGCUGGACUUUCUCACCUGGUACUCUUCUUAGGGACUUGAGGGCUGGCCCUCAUCCAGGGGCAGAAUGAGGGUGCCUCUGUCCCUCCUCCCCCCAACUGCUGGCAGGAACGAAUCAGACUCACCUCCGCCAUCCCACCACUGUUUUAACUCUUGAUAGCUUCAGAUCCUCAAGGAACAAACCAUGACGGCCAGGAACCCCAUUGUGGGUGGGAGGGGGAUAACCACCCUGCACCUGGAGCCAGAAUCCUGUGUCCCCCAGCUUGGGGGUCAGGGCCCAGGGAGCAUGAGGUUCCAUACAGACCCCCUCCCCCUUGCUUGCAUGCAAAUGUCCGUGAGCAUUUCCCACCAUUGGUAUUGGAAAGUUACUUGUGUUCAUCUGACAUUUAACACUCCCUCGCCCACUUCCUCCCAGCCCUGUGGGCGGGGCUUGGAAACUUAGCACUUUAUAUUUAUACAGAA